UUCAGGACACCGACAUUUCAAAACGGCAGCACCGCCUUGAGUAAAUUUGUGAUUUUCGCGCGCCCUGCAAACCCUGAAAGGCCAAAACCCUUCCCCUUACGCCAACCUCAAAUUAUCCUAACGUAACUGAGAAUUGAUUCAGGCACGAACAAUAACACACACGCUGCUUCCUCUUCUCUCGUCGUGCUGCAAUUGCUGGGGUUUUUGGGGAGACGAGGAAGGAGCACAUUAUGGCUCUGGCGCAGCCAAUCGAACAAGUUCAAUGUUUCGGCCGUAAGGGGAUCGCCGUUGCCGUGACUCACUGCAAGCGCGGCUGUGGACUCAUCAAGAUCAAUGGCUGUCCGAUGAAACUCGUGCAGCUGGAGAUUCUCCGGCCGCUAGGAAAACACCGUUUCGCCGGUGUCGACAUGUGUAUUGCCAAAGCCAGCGUUGCUUUAGGUUGGUUCAAAAUUUCCCUCCUACUGGUUUCUCUGUGUUCGCGCUUUUCAUUUGCCCGCCCUCUCUGUUCUUGUCGUGUGGGUCCCGCUUGUUAUGGAAUCCAGAACAUUAGAUCAACAUUCAACAGUGAUUCGUCCUGCCGCACUUUGUCAUUUCCGCUCCUCCGUUGCUGAUCCGAAAUUUCCCUCUCGGCUCACCCAUUCUCCUUCGUGUUAUCGCCAGUGUUUUACGUGAGCAUGCUCAACCUGAAGAAUGACGACGAAGCGUUAUUUUCAGACUUUCUUUAAUUCUAUACCCUGGUGCUCGGACAAUUUACUCUUGCAGCUCAGUUGGAUAUCCUAUCCCUUAGACUGUUAGUUCAGAUAAAUUUGCUGUUACACUUAUUCAGAAACUGGCAAUUGAAUUUUGAUUUUCUAUAAUAUUCAUGAAGAGAAAGCACUACUUAGAAAUCUUGCUUGAGAAGUAUGAGUGGUUUCAAUCUGAAAUAUUAUUAGUUCAAACUGAAUUUUGUCUCUCUCUUUUUUUCUCCAAAAUAUUAUUUAAAUAUCAUGCAUUCAGAUCGAGGAUGAGAAUUGAGGACGACAGAGAAUAGAGCGGGCAAAAAUCUGAAAGUUCGACAUACAAAUUAGUUUCUUUUUAAAAAAAUAUUCUUAUACUAAUGUUGCUUAUUUAAUGUUUUAACUGUCCAAGGUAGCUUCCUGAAUAUGAACAGUUUAACAAGUCCGUUAAAGAUCUAGUUUUUCAACUUUAUCUUUCAAAAAUUCACAACUGAAUUACUAUUCUUAAUAUAGUACUUCCCUAUUCUAACAUCUCUGGGUUCUAUGGUUGGACUAUGCUGACCCUGCAUAAGCAAGGUCUCCAAAUCUUACUUCUCUUUCUCUUUUUUGAAUCUGUUUUGGUCAGAUUAG